GAGCGAAGGACUCGAAUCCAGCUCUGAAUAAAUUAAAAAAAAGUCAUCAUUUUUGCAAUGUGAUUGUGGAGAGAUUAAACUUGGACUUAUUGUAAAUUUAAUAUUUUCCUUGAAUAUUUUCGUAUGUCCCGUUUUGAAUUACUCAUUUUUCUAUAGUAAUCAAUUAUAAAAUAAGAACAGAAAUUAGCAGUCACGUUUUCUAUCGUAGUCAUAGUAAUACAUUUAUACCAAGAUGUCGGUAAUAAUCUUACGAUUUUGACAAGAAAAUGUUUGUAUAGUAAUAAAAUGCUUUUCUGUAAUUGAUACGAGCUUAUGAUUGUUUAGAUGUUUAGAUAGGAUAGAUAGAAUAACACCAAUAUGAGUCAACUCGCGGAAGAAAAUUUGCAAAAUAUCAAUUGCAGUCAGAAAAAUGCAAGUAUGAAAAAUAAAAAUAAAAUGGCCAAAGAUCCUCCGGAAACGACUGAAGAUACAAAAACGUGGAAUGAGAACAAAUUAAGUGAGGCAUUAGUUAAAACUCUUCAUAUUAACAGUCUUAAUAGUAACUUAACGAAUGGAUCGAGUGACCAUUCUAAAGAUAGUGACAAUGUUUUAAAUGUAGAACCUAUAAUAGCACAAGACGCAGCACCUAGUGAAGUCAAAACGAAUGUAAAUAGUGUACAGUGUAGUGAUGUGAAAACGAGGCAACAUCCCGAAAAUGACUCCUUAGAGGUCAGAUGUAGUAAGUUGGACAAAAUUGAAGACCUUGAACAUGCAAUGCUCCAAGAACACUCCGAAAAAAUUGAAAUUAUUUCUUACGAAUCUGAAUUACAAAUGCCAGAAAUUAUGAGACUCAUCCAAAAAGAUUUAUCAGAACCUUAUUCUAUCUACACAUAUAGAUAUUUUAUUCAUAACUGGCCUAAACUAUGCUUCUUGGCAAGUCAUGAAGGCAAAUGUAUUGGUGCCAUCGUUUGUAAGCUAGAUAUGCAUAGAAAUAAUGUCAAAAGGGGAUACAUCGCUAUGCUGGCUGUUGAUGAAAAAUACAGGAAAAAGAAGAUAGGUUCUAGAUUAGUACAGAAAGCAAUAAGGGCAAUGAUAGAAGACAAUGCUGAUGAAGUUGUGUUAGAAACAGAAAUCACAAAUAAACCUGCACUUAAACUUUAUGAAAACUUAGGUUUCGUGAGAGACAAACGCUUAUUUCGAUACUAUUUAAAUGGUGUAGACGCAUUGCGGUUAAAAUUAUGGCUAAGAUGAAAUAAGUAAGCAACCGAUGAGAGAUCCUCAAUGCUGUGUUGUAAAACUAUGGCUGUUUCACAGUCUUGUGCAUAUAUAUUAUUGAAAUCCUACUGUUGUUAUAAUGUAUCAUAAGCCUGCCAUGUGGAUUUUAGCCAAAUGUAUAGUUUGUUUUAUUUUUUUUUUUUAUCAUGUGAUGUUAUUUUAUCUAAUUUAUGAGUUGGAAAUUGUUAAUGAAAAUAUUUACAACAAUUUUUUUUAAAACCUCUGCAACUAAAUUGAUUGAUAUCCUAUCUGGAAAUACACAACUUUGAAGAACAAUAUUGUGUCUAUUUUAACCCCUGUGGCCUGUCAUUUGUUAUUUUCAAAUUACAAAUAAUAAAUUUUUAUUUUAUCUGGA